GAACCGGCGCACUGAAGCAAGGCGCAGAAGCUACCAACAAGGACAUAUCCACUGUAACUUGCCAUACGCAAGGAUGCACAACUUCCCUGGAUGAUGCCAUUAAUUGUGAACCCUAUAAAAUGAAUGAUAGUGGUAACGAUGAAGGGGAA